ACGUCAGGCGUCGAACGGAUCGACAGACGCGCUGCAUGCUGGGAUUCAGCGGGCUGUUGUUUACCAGAUGACAGAGGGAAGUUUAUUAUUUUGACUCAGAAACAAACGCUGUUUCCUCUUCUUCCCUCGGCCAAAGCCGAAAGUUGUGAUCGUGAGUUCGGUUCGGUUGUUUUCCGAAACAGAGAGAGAGAGAGCCUCGCGAGCGGCGCGUGCCGCUGCCUGGAGGCUUUGCUUUUCUGCCGAGUCACUGACGGACACACUUGGGACUAUCUGCCAAGUCACAGGUCGGUGCCGCAAGCUGACAGAGGCAUGUGCUUCAGAAGCUGCUUUAUUCAUUCACGCAUUCAUUCAUUCAUUCUAACGACGAUGCAAGAUUAAACCCAGGGGUGCACCCAGACCAUGUUAAUGGGGGGACCAGUGGAAAGUUUGGGGUGGCUCACAAAACUGGUCCCUGUGGUAAUCUGGUGAAGUUCCGCCUGUAGCGGUGCAUAGCCUUGCUCCAUCAUACUUUUAUUUUUUAGAAAAUAAUAGGCCUGAGAAAAUUUGAGAAAUGUGGUCACAGAAAGUUGGACUUUAAAUGACUGAUCUGACAUUUAAAGGUUUUAUGGUGUUUACACAAUAAAAGUUUACGUUAAAUGAUUUGGGGAAUUUUCUGGAGACAGAAUGUUGAAUAAACACUAACAUCUGAAUUGUGAAAGGACUUUAAUAAGCCUUGCAGCUAAUCUUUACACUUUUGGUUAGUUGUGUAACAUCUGACAGCCACUCUAUGCUACUAAAUAAUUCUAGUUAUAGCAGAUAAACAAUCACAACGAGAUCUUCUGGACCGUCUUUUAGGCGACUGAUCUCUGGGCUUGUAGACCAGCAUCUGAAUCCAGCCAAAUGAACAGAGCGACCGCAAAGAGGUUAAUUGAACGCUACUUUCGGCAGUUAACUGAAGGUUGUGGAAAUAGCAACUGCACAAAUGAGUUUUGUGCAUCACAUUCUGCUUUUCAACCUCUGGAUAACAAUUCAGCAGCUGCAAAGUCACUAGAGCUCUUCAAGGUUAAUGCCAAGCUCUGUGAUUACUACCCCUCUGUCAGGUCCAGCACAGACGCAAGCUCUCAAAUGGGCAGUAAGAUGAGCGUUGAUGAAUUCUCAGACGUUCAUUACCUCACAGAGCACACUGUGUGUAGGAUCCUGGGAUUCUGUGAGGAAGAAGGGGAUUAUGCUCCUCUUAUCCGUGUCAUCGGCAGGAUUUUCUCCAAUGCAGAUGCUCUUAUGAAAAGUUUCAGGAAAGAUGAACUAAGUGUCACCAAUAAUCUUGAGUCUUUGACAUCAAAUGACGAGAAGCAAAGGGAGACCUCCAAGAGAGAAGAUGCCUCCACUCGAGCUGCUUUGCCAGAUGAAACUCCAAAUGGACUUCCUGACGCGUGUGAGCUGACUGUAGACAUCGAUGCAGUUCGGAGAGUCUACGACAGACUUUUGUCCAUCGACCAGGUGGAGGCAGCUCUUGUGAAUGCUCUGAUUUACCUUACUCCAAAUGUGGAACUUGAUCUGGAGUAUCUUGAUGUAUAUGAGACAAGUCCAGAUUACCUUAAUAUCUUCAUUAUAGUGAUGGAGAACAGUAACCUCCACAGCCCAGAGUACCUUGAAGUUGCAUUACCACAGUUCUGCAAAGCAAUGAGCAAGCUGCCUUUGACUGCACUUGCUCGGCUGUCGAAGCUCUGGUCCACGUAUGACCUCCCGCACAUCCGCCGUAUGAUGGAGACUUUCCAACAGCUCAUCACUUUCACAGUCGUUAGCAAUGAAUAUGAUACAGAAAAUCUGGUAAAUGACAAUGAGACGGUGGUAGCUGCCACCCAGUGCCUUAAGAUCAUCUUCUAUGCAAGCAUCUUGGGAGGGGAGGUGGACGUGGAGCACAAUGAGGAGGACGAGGAAGACUCCGAGUCCAAUGAGCUGACUCUCCAUGAAUUGCUGGGUGAGGAGCAGCUUUAUAAGAAGGGCCCGCGGGUUGACCCAUUGGAGAAAGAGCUGGGCGUCCGUCCUAUAGACAGCAUAAGACCCCUCAUCCCCUUUGAGGAUUUUGUUAACGACUCUCUGAAUGAUGUGAUUGAAAUGGAUAAAGAUUUCACCUUCUUCAAAGUCAAUGCAGAAACAAAGUUUUCUUUCCAGAGCUGCCCCUUCAUCCUCAACAUGAUAACCAAAAGCCAAGGGCUGUAUUACGACAACAGGAUUAGAAUGUACAGUGAGCGACGCCUCACAGCUCUUUACAGCAUGGUCCAGGGCCAGCAGCCCAGCCCCUAUCUGAAGCUCAAAGUACGCAGAGACCACAUCAUCGACGAUGCCCUCGUCAGACUGGAGAUGAUCUCCAUGGAGAACCCGUCCGACCUGAAAAAGCAGCUGUUUGUCGAGUUUGAGGGAGAGCAAGGUGUAGAUGAGGGUGGAGUUUCAAAAGAGUUCUUCCAGUUGGUGCUGGAGGAAAUCUUUAACCCAGACAUAGGAAUGUUCACCUAUGCUGAUGAUGCACAUCUUUUCUGGUUUAAUUCAUCCUCUUUGGAGAACGAAGCUCAGUAUACGCUUAUUGGAAUCGUCCUGGGGCUGGCCAUUUAUAACAACUGCAUCCUGGAUGUCCAUUUUCCAAUGGUUGUCUACAGGAAGCUCAUGGGGAAAAGGGGGACCUUCUUGGACCUGUCCGACUCCCAUCCAGUUCUGCACCAAAGUCUGAAGGGGCUGAUCGACUACACUGGCAGUCUAGAACACGAUAUGGUGCUCACCUUCCAAAUAUCACACACAGAUCUUUUUGGAAACCCAAUAUUGUACAAUUUGAAGGAGCAGGGAGACCAAAUCCCUGUAACCAAGGAGAACAGACAGGAGUUUGUUGACCUGUAUGUGGAGUACAUCCUGAACAAAAGUGUGGAAAGACAAUUCAAAGCCUUUAAAAAAGGCUUCCUAAUGGUCACAAAUGAAUCCCCUCUGAAGUACUUGUUCAGGCCAGAGGAAGUCGAGCUGCUCAUCUGUGGCAGCAGGAAACUUGAUUUUGAAGCACUUGAAAAGACGACAGAAUACGAUGGAGGUUAUAGCAAAGACAGUCAAAUUAUCAAGGAUUUCUGGGAAAUAAUUCACUCAUUCGGAGAGAAGCAAAAAAGGCAGUUCCUUCAGUUCACCACUGGUACAGAUAGAGCUCCAGUUGGUGGUCUUGCCAAAUUAAAGAUGAUUAUUGCCAAAAAUGGCUCAGACACCGACAGGCUGCCAACCUCUCAUACCUGCUUCAAUGCCUUGCUGCUCCCUGAAUACUCCUCCAAAGAAAAGCUGAGAGAGAGGCUCCUCAAGGCCAUCACUUACGCCAAAGGCUUUGGAAUGCUGUGACAAAAGUAAACGCUUUUGACAGCGUGUGUGAAAAUAAACGGAUUAUAAUGAAACUAUGUAGUGACAGAAUGCUGCAGUAACCCUGUGCCUAAGCAAACUUUUGCAGAUACUGUAACUCCACUGUUUGCCUUCCUCACUGAGCCCUCGAUCUUCACAUUCAGGGACAUGAUAUCCCAAAGAGUUCAAACAGCACCUAUGGUGUUUCACUUCUGUGGCGUGUUUCUGAGCCACCUAAAUAAUAUUUAAGUGGUUAAAAUGUGAAAGUUCACUUACAGCACAUUGGGUAAUUUUAAGAUUUUAGUUUGACUUCAUGUGUUGCUCAAGUUUUUGAAAAUUAGCAGUAUUAAGCCCUCAGAGGGCAUAUUGGUGCUCUUCAGUGUUGUAGCAUAUUGAAGUGAAGCUUAUUUUAUUACUGCUAAAACAGCCUGACUGACCCUAUUUUGUGCCUCAAGGCAAGCUGCAGCUUAUUUUAAGAUUUUAAUCCCUUGCGCCGUGCCUCUUUUGCUGUGAGCCUGACCUGAUAGUUUGAUUUCCAUAGAUUUCUGGUUUUAUUCUGUUCUUACUGAGUUGCUAAUUUGCAUCCAUGAUGUGUCUUGGUUGAUAUUCGAAGAGACACUGAAUACACACUUGUAAGUGCAAUUUGUGAAAUGUGCAAUACCUAAAAAAGCAAGAGUUUUAUUUGGCCCAAAUCUCAGGUAUUCAAAUGACAUCCAGAUAAUGUGAAACCUUCAUGUAAACUCACGGAUAUGCAAAAGCUAAAUAAAGGUGCAACAUCUGUCAA